AUGCCUCCGCGCAAGCGGCCGCAGCCCACUGCAAGAUCGACUGCAAGAUCGACUGUGAAACCUGCGCAGGAUGCGAAAAAGACCGUUAACGAUGUCGACGAGCAGUCAACGCCAUCUGCCGCAAAGGCACACAGCCAUGCGCAAGAUACUCAUAAAGAGGAGGAUUCCCACGCUGCCCCGAAAAACCGCAGAGCCGACCCUUUCGAUGCGCUACUGGAACCUUUCUACUAUAAUAAAUCCUUGACGGACCCUAUCAAUACCGCACGAGAUAAAUGGAACUUGCUGCCUGCUUUUUUGAAGGUCAAGGGUUUAGUGAAGCAGCAUAUCGAUUCUUAUAAUUAUUUUAUUGAGGUCCAGCUCAAGAAAAUCGUGGAGGCGAGUUCGACAAUAUACAGCGACGCCGACUCCGCUUUCUUCCUCAAGUUCACCGAUAUCUACGUUGGAAGUCCUCGCAGAAGCGAUGAGCCCAAGGAUAGUGUGGAGUCUGACUCCACCGUUACGCCGAACGAGUGUCGAUUGCGCGAUAUGACCUAUGCUGCCCCGAUCUUCGUGGACUUUACAUACAAGCGUGGAAAGGAUAAAGUCACACAACGCCGUGUACCCAUCGGUCGCAUGCCUAUCAUGUUGAGGAGUUCCAAAUGUGUCUUGUCGAACAAAAAGCCCAACGAAAUGCAUCUGCUCAACGAAUGCCCACUUGAUCCCGGUGGUUACUUUAUUGUCAACGGUACAGAGAAGGUGAUUUUGGUCCAGGAACAGCUGAGCAAAAAUCGUAUCAUUGUCGAAACGGAUCCGAAGAAAGAGAUCGUACAAGCCUCCGUCACCAGUUCGUCGAAUGAGCGAAAAUCAAAAAGUUACAUUAUUCUGAAGAAGGACCGCCUGUAUCUCAAACACAAUGUUCUGAGUGAAGACGUGCCGUUGGUUAUUGUCCUCAAAGCAAUGGGCGUUCAUUCUGAUAAGGAAAUGAUGCUUCUUGUCGCGGGCGUUGACGAUGUCUAUCAAGAAGAUUUUGCCAUCAAUUUUGAGGAAGCUAUCAAGCAAAACGUCUUUACACAACAGCAGGCUCUCGAUUGGAUCGGAUCCAAAAUCAAGAUUAAUCGAGGCAAGAUUGGCGGAUAUAAGAAAACUCACAUUGAGGAAGCCAUCGAGGCUAUCUCAUCAGUCAUUAUUUCUCACGUGGAAGUCACCGAUAUGGAUUUCAGACCCAAGGCUAUCUACGUGGCUAACAUGGCAAGGCGUGUGUUGAUGGCAAAGCAUGAUUCUGAUAUGGUCGACGAUCGAGAUUACGUCGGAAACAAGCGACUGGAACUCGCUGGACAACUUCUCGCCCUUUUAUUCGAAGAUUUAUUCAAGAAAUUCCAAUUCGAUAUCAAAAUGAACAUUACCAAAGUUCUUGGCAAAAGACGUCGCGAAAUUUUCGACGCUAUGAGUGUUGUGACGCUUCAUGGAAAUCACAUCACCCACGGAAUGAAUAGAGCUAUUUCAACUGGAAACUGGAGUCUUAAGCGUUUCAGAAUGGAGCGUGCUGGCGUGACCCAUGUGUUGAGUAGGCUCAGUUACAUUGCUGCUCUGGGUAUGAUGACUCGUAUUUCCAGUCAGUUCGAGAAGACUCGAAAAGUCAGUGGUCCUCGUGCUCUACAGCCUUCGCAAUUCGGCAUGCUUUGUCCGUCUGAUACCCCAGAAGGUGAGGCAUGUGGUCUAGUUAAGAACUUGGCACUGAUGACACACAUCACGACCAACGAUGAAGAAGGUCCGGUGUCGAAGCUGGUCUUCAUGUUGGGAGCCGAAGACAUAACGACACUAAGCGGAAAAGAAAUCUAUGGUCUAGGAGCUUAUAUCAUUUCCAUGAACGGUACUCCGAUAGCUCUGACUAGGCGGCCAAAAUACUUCUUGAACGCGUUCCGACGACUGCGACGCAUGGGCCGUAUUUCCGAGUUCGUGAGCAUCUAUAUCAACCACCAUCAACGUGCAGUACACAUCGCCACUGAUGAUGGACGAAUUUGCCGACCUCUCAUUGUCGUUGAAAAUGGAAAACCAUUAGUCAAAGCUAGCCAUCUAGAGAAACUACGAGAUGGUUCGAUGCAAUUUGACGAUUUCCUUGCUCAAGGCUUGGUCGAAUACUUGGACGUGAACGAGGAGAACGAUUCAAAUAUCGCUAUUUAUGAAAAAGACGUCAUUGAUAUUACCACACAUCUUGAGAUCGAGCCCUUUACUAUCCUUGGAGCUGUUGCUGGUCUUAUUCCAUACCCACAUCACAACCAGUCACCCCGAAACACCUACCAAUGUGCUAUGGGUAAACAAGCCAUCGGUGCCAUUGCAUCCAACCAGUUCUUGAGAAUCGAUUCCCUUCUCUACCUCAUGGUAUACCCUCAGAAGCCUAUGGUCAAGACACGCACCAUCGAACUGAUCAAAUAUGAUCAACUUCCUGCCGGUCAAAAUGCGACAGUGGCUGUGAUGAGUUAUUCAGGUUACGAUAUUGAGGAUGCUCUCGUGUUGAACAAGGGUUCUGUUGACAGAGGAUUUGGACGAUGCCAGGUGUUCCGCAAGUACGUGGCUAAUCUGAAGAGCUAUCCAAACGGUUCAGAAGAUAGACUUCGGGGACCCGAACUUGACGAAGAAGGAGCCCCAAUUACAAAGCAUGCCCUCCUUGACACUGAUGGCUUAGCUGCAGUGGGCGCGGUCGUCAGCCAAGGUCAAGUGUAUAUCAACAAGGAAGUUCCCGCCGCUGCCUUUUCAGCUGGCAUCACAGGCUCUGACGUGGGUAGACCACCCGACUACAACCCAGCACCCAUGACAUACAAAUUGCCGGACCCAAGUUACAUUGACAAAGUCAUGGUCUCCGUUACUGAAGGAGAGAGCAAGAUCUACAAAGUCCAGACUCGUCAAACGCGUCGACCCGAAGUUGGAGACAAAUUCUCCUCUCGUCACGGACAAAAAGGUGUUGUCGGUAUCAUUGCUGAACAGGCAGAUAUGCCAUUCAACGACCAGGGCAUUGUGCCUGACAUUAUCAUGAACCCUCACGGUUUCCCGUCUCGAAUGACGGUCGGUAAGUUGCUAGAGCUUGUGGCAGGCAAAGCCGGUGUCCUCUCAGGCCAGCACGGCUAUGGAACGGCGUUUGGCGGUAGCCCUGUCGAGCAAAUGUCUGCUAUAUUGGUGGACAAGGGUUUCAGCUACGGUGGCAAAGAUUACCUAACAUCCGGAAUAACGGGCGAACCUCUACCAUUCUACGUUUUCAUGGGUCCCAUCUAUUAUCAGAAACUGAAACACAUGGUCCAAGACAAGAUGCACUCUCGUUCUACCGGACCACGCGCCACUUUGACCCGCCAGCCAACCGAAGGUCGUUCCCGAGACGGUGGUCUUCGUCUCGGAGAGAUGGAACGAGAUUGUCUGAUCGCCUACGGCACAAGCCAACUCCUUCUUGAGCGUCUCAUGUUAUCGUCUGACAAGCACGAAGUCGAUAUAUGCGAGAAAUGUGGAUUCAUGGGCUAUCAGAACUGGUGUCAACGGUGUCGCUCGUCGAGAGGGGUUGUCAAAAUGACGAUUCCGUAUGCGGCGAAACUGUUGAUUCAGGAAUUGCUGAGUAUGAAUGUUACGGCUCGGUUGAAGUUGGGGGAUGAGUUCCCGGAGAACAAGGGCAUGUAG